AUGCUGAAGGGUGCUCAGAUACACCCGUUUUUAGCUAACGGCUUCAGGGACAAAACAUGCCAAUACCUUCAAUCAAAUGAUAGCGUGACAGUACACAGGCGAUUACUCGAGGAAACCCCGGACCAACCGAAAGACUCGAGUUAUCCGGAGUUUCGAAUUCAGCACGCUGUCCUCGUGCUCGGAGCGGUCACUGUGGUGCUUGCCUGUGACUUUAGGUACGAACUUUCACCGUUCUACUGGAAAAACCAAGAAAAUGUGUGCAGUGAUGACCUAUGCAUAACAAACCCAGAUAUCCCAGCCUGUGAUGAUCUUACCUAUGACCAGGAGUUCCUAAUGAUGACUGCAAAAGCGCACGUAAAAGCAAACGUUACAUUGGAGAUGAAGGUCAUGUCGGAAUACUUCAAUACACUUAUACCGGGACCGGCAAUAAACUCCAAAUUCAAAUGUACAGGCAUUUGUGAACAAAAAAUGCAGAGUCUGAAGUUGAAGAGGAUUUUUACAACAGUAAUGGUGCAAGAUCAGAAGAACUACAUGAAUACACAACUUAUACCAGCACAUAUGGCGUGCAUUGUGAUUGGACCUGAUAUAUACUACCGCAAAUGCGGUGGUCAAUGUAAUCUUCCCGAUCGAUAUAACCGCUACUGUCUGCCGGAUGUGACGGUGAAAAUCAAGGUCUGGGUGUUCUGUCCAAAUGUGAGUCCAGGGUGUCACAAAGUAGACUUUGACGUCCCUAUCUCGUGUAGCUGUAAAAAAAUCGAAUGUAACAAAGGUUAUGACAUCAAUAAAGAAUGGGAUGCCCGACAAGGCGCAGUUAAUCCGGGAAAUCCCAUUGGGGUCGCCAUAGGACUGACUGGAUGAAAAUUCGCCGAAGGAAAUCAUUUCCAAAAAACAUAUCUUAAGUUGAAUGACUGUUUCUAAAGACUUACCUUUUACAAGAAGGUUGACUUAUUCAUUGAAAUGUGCUAUUUUUGCUUAAUAUUUUACCGAAAAGAACCGUUUUGCAUGUUCCUUUCAAAAGCAGUUUUUAAAUAUUUAUUAUAUAUAUUAUAUGGUCUGUUCUAAGCUAUGGUGGCAUAUAACUGCCGUAAGAUAACCUGUAAACGUUCGCGGAUUGUUUCGUGUUAACCACUUAAUUUUCGAGAUAACUAUCUAGCUAUUAAGUUAAUAUUCGCGAAACUUUUCGGUAAGAUAAAUAUCAUAAGACUAAAUACUGGCUUGAAAGUGCCCUGAACUGCCACCUGUUUCCUUUUAAGCCGUACAACAUUCACAGGUAAACUAGUUAUGGUUUGCGAAUUCAAUUCGCGAACGCUAUCAGGUUAUCUUACGGUAGUUAUAUGCCACCAUACUAAGCGUAUCAUAAACAAACGUAAAAUAAUUCAUUGUAGGAUAGUGAAGUGAAAACUGACUUGAGCAAUAAAAGCUUGCACAAAACAGUUGUGCGUGUUUGCACAAGCAUGAACAUCCGUUUGAUUCAUUGUUGCUUUCUUCUCAAUUUGUAAAAAUAAAAACCAAUUGCCAAUGUC